AGCAGCUUCCACAUUCACUGCCUUCCCCGCCUCUCUCUGCAGACAAGUGGAGAUCUCCAUUCAAACACGGCUCAACUCCGAGUGAUGAUACUCAACUCUCCACAUCGGCGAUCCAGCUCCUGAAACAGUGCUUCGCUCCCAGGACAGAAAACUGGCAGUGUGGCGAUCGAAGGCAGACUUAAACCCAGAAAGAGAGAAAAGGGGGAGUGAAAAAAUAUUUUCUGGCCUGCAAAUACUGACAAGUGCUCGCUAGCUAGCUGUUACACCACCACAGACUGCAAACAUGGCGAGCGCCUCCUACCAUAUCUCUAAUCUGCUGGAGAAAAUGACAUCCAGCGACAAGGAUUUCAGGUUCAUGGCCACCAAUGACCUGAUGUCGGAGCUACAGAAGGACUCCAUCAAGCUGGAUGACGACAGCGAGCGCAAGGUGGUGAAGAUGAUCCUCAAGCUGCUGGAGGACAAGAACGGGGAGGUUCAGAACCUGGCUGUCAAAUGUCUGGGACCACUUGUCAGUAAAGUCAAGGAGUACCAAGUGGAGACCAUCGUAGACACGCUGUGCACAAAUAUGCUGUCAGAUAAGGAACAACUUCGGGACAUUUCCAGCAUCGGCCUCAAGACAGUGAUCGGAGAGCUUCCUCCAGCGUCCAGUGGCUCCGCCCUCGCCGCCAGCGUGUGUAAAAAGAUCACGGGGCGUCUCACCAGUGCCAUCGCCAAGCAGGAGGACGUGUCUGUGCAGCUCGAGGCCUUAGACAUCAUGGCGGACAUGCUGUGCAGACAGGGCGGCCUGCUGGUGAACUUCCACCCCUCCAUCCUGAGCUGCCUGCUGCCCCAGCUGACCAGCCCUCGUCUGGCCGUGAGGAAGAGGACCAUCAUCGCCCUGGGCCACCUGGUGAUGAGCUGCGGGAACCUGGUGUUUGUGGACCUCAUCGAGCACCUGCUGUCCGAGCUCUCCAAGAACGACUCCAUGUCCACCACCCGCACCUACAUCCAGUGCAUUGCGGCCAUCAGCCGACAGGCCGGCCACAGGAUUGGUGAAUACUUAGAGAAAAUCAUUCCCCUGGUUGUGAAGUUCUGCAACAUCGAUGAUGACGAGCUGAGAGAAUACUGCAUCCAGGCCUUCGAGUCUUUUGUCAGAAGGUGUCCAAAAGAAGUCUACCCCCACGUUCCCACUGUAAUCAGCAUCUGUCUCAAGUACUUGACCUACGACCCCAACUACAACUAUGACGACGAGGACGAGGAUGAGAACGCGAUGGAUGCUGAUGGUGCAGAUGAAGACUAUCAAGGAAGUGAUGACGAGUACAGCGACGACGACGACAUGAGCUGGAAGGUGCGGCGUGCGGCCGCCAAAUGCCUGGACGCGGUGGUGAGCACGCGGCACGAGAUGCUUCCCGAGUUCUACAGGACGGUGUCGCCGGCACUCAUCGGCCGCUUCAAGGAGCGGGAGGAGAACGUGAAGGCGGACGUGUUCCACGCCUACCUGUCCCUGCUGAAGCAGACCCGCCCCGCGCAGAGCUGGCUCUGUGACCCCGACGCCAUGGAGCAGGGGGACACGCCCCUCACCAUGCUGCAGAGCCAGGUGCCCAUGAUCGUGAAGGCGCUGCACAAGCAGAUGAAGGAGAAGAGCGUGAAGACGCGGCAGUGCUGCUUCAACAUGCUGACGGAGCUGGUCAACGUCCUGCCCGGGGCCCUGACCCAGCACAUACCGGUGCUCGUCCCAGGAAUCAUAUUCUCCCUCAAUGACAAAUCCAGCUCUUCUAACCUGAAGAUCGACGCCCUGUCGUGUCUGUACGUGAUCUUGUGCAACCACCAGCCCCAGGUCUUCCAUCCCCACGUCCAGGCCCUGGUACCCCCCGUGGUGGCCUGCGUGGGCGACCCCUUCUACAAGAUCACCUCCGAGGCCCUGCUGGUCACCCAGCAGCUGGUGAAGGUCAUCCGGCCCCUGGACCAGCCGGACGCCUUCGACGCCUCGCCCUACAUCCAGGACCUGUUCGCCUGCACCGUGCGCCGGCUGAAGGCGGCCGACAUCGACCAGGAGGUGAAGGAGCGGGCCAUCUCCUGCAUGGGCCAGAUCAUCUGUAACCUGGGCGACAGCCUGGGCACGGACCUGCCCGGCACCCUGCAGAUCUUCCUGGAGCGCCUGCGCAACGAGAUCACGCGGCUGACCACGGUGAAGGCGCUGACGCUGAUCGCCGGCUCGCCCCUGCGCAUCGACCUGCGGCCCGUGCUGGGCGAGGCCGUGCCCAUCCUGGCCUCCUUCCUGCGCAAGAACCAGCGGGCGCUCAAGCUCAGCACGCUGGCCGCCCUGGACAUCCUGGUGAAGAGCUACGGCGACGCCGCCACGCCGGCCAUGAUCGACUCCGUGCUGGCCGAGCUGCCGCCGCUCAUCAGCGAGAGCGACAUGCACGUGUCCCAGAUGGCCAUCGGCUUCCUCACCACGCUGGCCACCGCCCACCCGGACUUGCUGUCCAAGAUCAGCGGCGCCAUCCUGCCCGAGCUCAUCGCGCUGGUGCGCUCCCCCCUCCUGCAGGGCGGCGCUCUCUGCGCCAUGCUGGAGUUCUUCCAGGCGCUGGUCACCACGGGCACGGCCGGCCUGGGCUACAUGGACCUGCUGCGCAUGCUGACGGGCCCCGUCUACGCCCAGAGCGCCACGCUGGCCCACAAGCAGUCCUACUACUCCAUCGCCAAGUGCGUGGCGGCACUGACCCGGGCCUGCCCCAAGGAGGGCCCCGCCGUGGUGGGCCAGUUCAUCCAGGACGUGAAGAACUCGCGCUCCACUGACUCCAUCCGCCUGCUGGCGCUGCUCUCCCUCGGCGAGGUGGGCCACCACGUGGACCUGAGCGGCCAGCCCGAGCUCAAGGCCGUCAUCCUGGACGCCUUCUCCUCCGCCAGCGAGGAGGUGAAGUCGGCCGCCUCGUACGCGCUGGGCAGCAUCAGCGUGGGCAACCUGCCCGAGUACCUGCCCUUCGUGCUGCAGGAGAUCUCCGGCCAGCCCAAGCGCCAGUACCUGCUGCUGCACUCGCUCAAGGAGAUCAUCGGCUCGGCGUCGGUGGCCGGCCUGCGGCCCUACGUGGAGAGCGUGUGGACCCUGCUGCUCAAGCACUGCGAGUGCACCGAGGAGGGCACGCGCAACGUGGUGGCCGAGUGCCUGGGCAAGCUCACCCUCAUCGACCCCGAGACGCUGCUGCCGCGCCUCAAAGGAUACCUCCUGUCAGGUUCCUCGUAUGCCCGGAGCUCAGUAGUGACUGCAGUGAAAUUCACCAUUUCUGAUCAUCCGCAGACUAUUGAUCCUCUACUCAAGAACUGCAUAGGCGAUUUCCUAAAGACGUUGGAAGACCCCGACCUCAACGUCCGACGAGUUGCCCUGGUGACGUUCAACUCGGCAGCCCACAAUAAGCCCUCCCUCAUCCGGGACCUCCUGGAUACUGUUCUUCCACACCUGUACAAUGAGACGAAAGUGCGCAAGGAGCUUAUCCGAGAGGUGGAGAUGGGACCGUUCAAGCACACAGUGGACGACGGCCUGGACAUCCGGAAGGCUGCGUUCGAGUGCAUGUACACACUGCUGGACAGCUGCUUAGACAGACUAGACAUCUUUGAGUUCCUCAACCACGUUGAAGAUGGGCUUAAGGACCAUUACGAUAUUAAGAUGCUGACGUUCCUGAUGCUGGCCAGACUCUCCACGCUUUGCCCCAGUGCUGUUCUGCAGAGGCUGGAUAGACUGGUGGAGCCGCUGCGGGCCACCUGCACGACAAAGGUGAAGGCCAACUCGGUGAAGCAGGAGUUCGAGAAGCAGGACGAGCUGAAGCGGUCUGCCAUGCGGGCGGUGGUGGCCCUCCUGACCAUCCCCGAGGCGGAGAAGAGCCCCCUGAUGAGCGAGUUCCAGUCCCAGAUCAGCUCCAACCCUGAGCUGGCGGCCAUCUUCGAGAGCAUCCAGAAGGACUCCACAUCCGCAAACAUGGAGUCCAUGGACACCAGUUAAAAACUGCCAAAAAAAAAUUACAGAAAUAAACCUGGGGGACCCGUUUAUCGUUCCACGCAUUGCACUGAAUCUACAGUUUAGAAAAACCGAAAAACAGAAAAAAGGCAAAAAAAUUGAAAAAGAUAAACAUUGUCUAAGCUCCAAGGCUUAUCACUAUGUUCCUCUUUUACCAUAAACAAAAAAAAAAAAGAAAAACACAAAACGGUAUGUUUGGCUACUUGUUCAUCGUUGCUUUUUUUUGUCUAGUGUUUAUAAUUCCAGAAAAUCUGCAAAGUACACAGGUACUUCCAGGCGUUCUGACCCCAAAGUCAGUGGCAUGAAAUGAAUUGAUUGAAAACAAACUGCUUUGAAUCUGAGGUCAGCACCACGUUACUGGAGGGAUAUUUCUUGUCAUUAGAUAUUGGAAUAAAAUCCAAUAGUUCCAGGGUGAAGUGGGAAUGAAGGUAGGGUUAAAGAUAAUGUUCUGAGUUUGUUGUUGCUGGACCAUCCCCAUUUUUUUCUUACUUUCUUUUCCCCUUUUAGUUUCCAUGCUGUUCACAACUGGGUUAUGGGGGAAAUUUGUUUUGUACAAUUUGAAUAUCAUUUCUGCCUUAUCUCUAUGUUCAGAGUGUUGAUGAACAAGCUUGUAGGGACACAGAGAAUGUCUACUUUGUAAGAUUACAUUAGAGAGAUGUGGCACGGUGGGGGUUUAAAAAAAAAAAAAGCAAAGACAAAUGUCUGAAUCCUGUUUAUUCAGAUGAGUGAAUACAUAUGUUUAAGGUGUAUUUUUUCACUUUUUGCCAUCUUUUUAUUCGCGUAAGUUAAGAGCCCCAACAUUCAGUUCCUCUCCACAGCAUGUACAGUACAAUCAGUGCGUUCUCGGCCACGCGUAGUAUUACUUUUUUUUUCUAUUUGAUAGCUCCAAUAGAUUUCACAGUAGAGCAUAUGAAACGCCACGUCCAGAUAACGCUUGAAUGUGGCAGUAAGCUCUGUCUAAACACGUUUGUUUUAGGGGAGGAAAAAAAACAUGAGCAAAACAGAGUGCUGUAUUUAGAUCUAUGAUCUUAUGAAAUUUAUGACUCCAGCAAAUGGUAUAAAGUCAUCCUCUCCAGAGAGUGGAGAGCUUUAGCUUUUGGUGUCGUGCAUAUUUAAGAUCUGUGAGUGCAGUUUGGCUGUGCUUCACACCGCGCAUCCUGACAACCACAAAUUAACCACACUCUCUGGCAAAUUAAUUGAACCCAUUGAUUUUUAUAAAUGUAUCGGCUGGUCUUCCUGGAACAGGAUGUCAUCAGUAUUAGGUCCGCUACUGAACUGUUCGGUCAGUGCGAAAUGACUUGAUCGGAUGGUUUGGGACUGCAGGUGACUCACCUUCGGGACCUUGAAUUGUGCAUUGAAAGACCACCUAAUUUACUUUUUGGUUACAUUGUCAUUCCUAUAGUGAUGGUGUGAUGGGACCCAAUAGUUAUGGAAGCUUGGUUGCGGUGCUUGGACCAGUGUAGUCACAGGGCUUUUGCUCUGAAAUGGAAGUUUGGCUUCUGGAUGAGUUCAACAGAAUUUGUGUGGAAAGGUGUGAUGGCUCAUGAAAUUUUCAUUUAUGGAAAAAAAAAGUCCACCAUGGAGAAACGUCUAAAUAAAAUCUUCUACUUCUGCC